UUGACGCCUGCACUAUAAAAGCUCUCUUACCAUUUUAAAGCUAGAAUCCUUCAUUGAAACCAUAACAAUGCGUUCUCCCCACCCGUUAUGCUAAAAAGCUAAGGACUGGGGCUGGAUAGAUUUAACCACUCAAAUUCAUAGACAGAGCUAUAGACUGAUAUCAAAUGUAUAGUUUUAUCCAUGUAUGUUUACAAAUAGAAUUAAACAAGUUUAGGCCGUAAUUCAAUCAGAUCAAGGAGAUAGCCGACAGCCGCAUAGCUUAUCUUUAGGCGGUGCCGUAGCUGCUCUUGUGAUCAUUGUCAUGAAGCCACACCCUUCCCACUUGCAUUAGAUUAGAUGAUCAGCAACGCAGUUAAGCCAAAACCACGGCCGGUUAUUCAGAGGGGUGUUUUAUUACGCUCCCAUUGGAUAGCUAGCAUUGUCUCACUCACGGGAUCAGCGCACCUUCCAAGAGACCCAAAUUUCUCUGGUUGGGAACAAUAGACCUGGGAAGACCUUGACAGCAUUCCAAAACCCUAACAUGACUGAACAAAAUAAAGAGGUCCGUAUUGUUCUGGUUGGAAAGACUGGAGCUGGGAAGAGCGCAACAGGAAACACCAUCCUGGGGACAAAAGCUUUUAAAUAAAAAAUGUCCUCUAUUUCUGUGACAUCAACAUGUGAAAAGAAAAGAGGAAAUGUGGGAGGGCAACAUGUAGCUGUCAUCGACACACCAGGCUUGUUUGACACCAAGUUAACACAGGAGGAGGCACUGAAAGAGAUCUCACAGUGCCUGCUUUUCUCUGCUCCUGGUCCCCAUGUGUUCCUGGUUGUGAUCAAGCUGGGAAGAUUCACUGAAGAGGAACAGAAAACUGUGGAGAUGAUUCAGAUAUUAUUUGGGGAUGAAGCAUCCAGAUACACCAUGGUUCUCUUCACACAUGGAGAGAGUCUUGAUGAUGACGACGUUGUAACAAUUGAAGAUUAUUUGCUUGAAAAUCCACAUCUUCAGUGUUUGAUUGCCAAAUGUAAUGGAGAGUAUCAGGUCUUCAACAACAAAGAUAAGAAUUGCUCCCAGGUCACUGAGCUGCUUGAGAAGAUAAACAAGAUGGUGAAGAUGAAUGGAGGAAGCCACUACACCACUGAGAUGUUCCAGGAGGCUGAGAGAGCGAUUGAAGAGGAGAAGAACAGGAUCCUGAAAGAGAAUGAAGAGAAGAUACGCAGAGAGGAGGAGAAACUGAAGAUGGAAAAAAUUAAAAUAAAAGCUCUGGAGAAAGUUCUUAAAGAGGAGAAUGAGAGGAUCCUGAGAAAGAACAAAGAGCAACAACUCAGAUAUGAGGAGAAACUGGGGGAAAUGAAAAUAGAAGCUCGGGAGGAAGCAAUUAAAAAGGAGAAAGAGAGGGUCCUGAAAGAGUACGAAGAGCAGAGACUCCGAGAAGAGGAACUGACAGUGGUAUCAUCCAGAAUGUUUGCUGUGGGGGAAGAAAUAAAGACGCUGCCAGAAAAACAUGAAAGAGAGGCUAGAGAUGAAGCUGAACAAUUUUCAAUUUUCAAAUAUUUGGAUUUCAGUGGAAUGUUGGCCCCCGUCUUGAAUAAGUCGCUCAGCUACAUCAGAAGCAAAUGUAAUAUACAAUGAAAAUGUGAAACAGCGGUGUACCAUCUAACAUUGCUUUACUCUACUGAUUAACUUGCUUAGAUAUUCAACUAACUAUCUAUUGAUAAAUCUAGCUAGCUAGCUAUUGAUAAAGAUCUGUACAUUUUCUGACUUUUUUUUUCUUAGUGUCUCUUCAUCUUGCCUGUUCCAGUUCGAUAUUGUAAUGUGGGGUGUCCUCAGAAAUUACCUUUUAGAUUAGGCCUAUAUCAUGUCAUGUGCCAUACAUCUUCUAAAUGCAGGCGGUUGUGGCAAUUACAUUGACUUCUAAUGUAGAGACUCCGAGUUAGAAAAUGGUAUUUCAUACACUGCAGUUGAGAAACAAUAAGAAAAUGAUUCUGCUUUGAAAGCUGAUAAACUUCUACCCCCAUUUUUGAAAAUGGCCCAUGAAUGUUUUGGUACACCAACUGGAGAACUCUUCUUUGUCUACACCCAGCCAGCAUUGUUAACACCCUCUUAGGCCUUAGACCUACCCAUCUCUUUAAGGAUUCCUGUGAGGCCAUUUGCUAAACAGAGUGUUUAGUUAUUAAACAACCAAAGAUUUCAAGACUGAAAGCGGUGAAAGUAGUAGCCUACAACAUCGGAAAACUCCAGGUAAAAAUAAAUGUUAUCUAGGCCUUGGCUUAGUCAUGUUGUUCUUCACAUUACCAUCUCUGGUAAACACACACUAUAUCAAACUAUAUCAACUAAAAUCAACAUUUAUUUGUCACAUGCACAGGAUACAGAAGGUGUAAACAGUUCAGUGAAAUUGAUACUUGCAGAGUGGAGUCUUUUGUUUAGACAUUAGACAACAAUUAAUCAUAAUCCCAACUCAUAAUACCAUUAAUCUGUAGCUAAAGAUAACCUACUAGGUUCAAUGUUAUGUAGCUAGCUAACAUUAGGCUAUAACUAGCAUUGCAGAGAUUUGAGAUAUUAAUAAUAUUGCUACACACUUCAUACACGUAACGUUAGCUAGCGAACCAGCCAGCUAACGUCAACUAGCUAACAGUACACAUUAACUUGCAAUAAAGACAACUUUCUGACAAAAUUUGAAAUGUAUAAUAUCUGAAAAUGUAGCUAGACUCUUACCCUUAUACAUGGAUGAAUGAUUCUCCCUCUGCCAUGGUUGCCCUUAGAUUGAAGACGUAAUGCUGAGAUGGGUGUUUUAUACAACAACCUCCUGUGUCUUCUUCUUCUGUAUGUUUUAUGGCAGACUACAGCCCAAAAAGGUGUGUUACCGCCACCAACUGGACAGGGUUGAAAACACCAAGGUAAAAAUAAAACCCAUGUGAUAGGGAAAACGAACUUUAUCCACCC